GGUCUCAGGGGAACAUCGGCUGGAAAACGAGGGAUCUUGCACACCCGCUAUGCGAAGCAAAGGCUGUCCGCGCUGCAGAAAGAGAUUCUGGCCGAGAUGAAGACGAACGGCGAAGGCAUUGGCCUUGAGAUGGCCAUGCAGGAGAAGCAGUGGAUCGAAGAGAAUUUUGGUGUUGGCCCCAAAGCCAUCUCCGACGUCCAACACGCCACAUCUCCCCCGACCAGCCCAAGAAGUCCGGGAGGCGGUCGAUUGUCAGAAAAGCUCAAGGGACUGAAGCUCGGGACCAGCGCGUCGGAGCUGACCGCUUCAUCAACUGAUCUUGAAGCCUCAAAAUCUGAUAGCCAUCCCCUCUCCCCCGACUCGGGGGAUGUUGCCGUCUCCUCGUUUGCGCUUUUCCAGGGGGGUUCGUCUCGUCGCACUGUCGCGCGGAAUCCGCCAAACCAUCUCAUCACUCAACAACAUGAUUCACGGGGCGGCAAUCGCAUGGCCUCUCUAGACGAAGUUGCCAUUGGAAAUGUCCCCAAGAGGAUUGAAGACGAGACCGAGGAUGAGCUUUUCGCCGUCAAAUUGAGUCCUCGUAGUCCCGAGAUGGCCAAGAGUCCGUUUAGCUUCACGGCGAAAGAUACGGCGCCUUGGCUGAAAGGACAUGAAUAGGUAGUGGAUUAUUUAGAGGAUUUUGGGAUGAGUUAUGAGGAGUUCUGGGACCAUGUUGAAU